AUGAAUUCAGAUCUUUUGGAAUUUCAUCAGUUUUGUAAGGAAGAACAUUUUAAAUUGCUAGAUAAAUACAAUCUUCUCUACUACGGUUUUGGUUGUAAAAAAAAUAUUUUAAGAAAAAUGUUUCCUGAGGCACUACAAUUUGAUAUGAAUGUUUAUACCUUAAAUGAUAUACUUCUUGAACUAAAUAUAAAAUAUAAUACUAAUUAUAAACAUCUAUCUGAAUUUAAUUGUAGAGAAAUUAUUAUUUUAUUAGAUUUUAAUUUUAAAUAUGCAUGCAAUUUUUAUUUUACGUCUUUUAGACUUAUAUUUACAUUAGAAAAAAUAAAUAAAGAAAUAUCUUCCGAAGAUUUACAAAAUCUUAAUAUUAUUUUGAGAGAUUUAACGACUUACGAAGAUUAUGGAAUUGACACUAUAGAACAUAAAGAAGUAAAUAUUGAAGGAUAUCUUAAUGUUAUAAGAAAUGGAUCAAAAAAUAGCAAAAUAUCUUUUAAACAUCUACUAGAAUUUAAUAAACCUACUGUACCUGUUGUAGAUUUAUUUAAUAAAAUAAAAAAAAAUCUUAUGAUUAUAAGAAAGAAUUUAUUGUUUAAUUUUUUGAGUGAAUUUAUUGAGCAUAAAAUGAUAAAAAUUAAGGAUCAACAAAAUAUAGAAAUUUUAAUAGAUUUAAAAUAUUUUAAAGAUCUUAUUGAUGAAUGUAAUAAAAAUUAG